UCCAAUUUUGGAGAAUUGUGUCAUUAGGAAAAUAAUAUGUAAAGCGAUCGGUUGCAAACAAAAAAAUUAAAUUGUGAGAAAAGAGAAGAAGAACUGUGAAAGUUGGUAUAUACACUAUCUAUGAAAUGGAUGUAACACAGACUAUCGGUGACAUGAACCAAACGCAAGAUGCAAACCAAUCGAACGAUGAAAGUCCGGUGGUUGCAACGUCAUUGAACAGUGAUGCUCCACCGUUUGUGCCGUCCGAUUCAUCAGGAAUAUCAGGAAGCGGUGACUCGCAGACGCAAACAUAUGGAACAUUCACCCUGAAAGUGCCACUCGAUAGUAAAAUCUGGAGAAGCAUUUCGGCAUCUACACCACAAAAUCAUCGUAUUUUGUCGAAAAAGCUAUCCGUUCCUCCCGUUCCAUUGCCAAUCAAUUUCAUUUCUGCGGCAAACAAUCAUAACUUAAUGACCGAUGUUUCUUCAGAGGGAUUAAUUUGCAUUCGACGCCAAGACAAUAUUUUCAUCGACAUUUCUUUGGAUGGUGCCAUUAGAGUUGCUUGCCCAACACAGAAAAUAUUAAUUUGCGUUUCCGCUAUGGCAACAAAUAUCGUCAUAUAUCAUCCGAAUGGUCGCAUAUUCCAGAGUCAGUCUCAUGUUGAUGUGGUUGCCUUCGAUGGGACAUAUCAAAAUAAUUUGGUGCGAUACGCGAAAUUUUGGACGAAAGGCAUCAGUUUCAUGGCCCGAGAUAUACCUGUCGUUUAUUUAGUAGACGAAGGCGGAUUACGGAGCAGCAUUGAUAAUUUCGUGCAUAUUCGAAAUGAUUAUGCAAUGGAAGUGUUCAAUAGUCGAAGUGUACGACAUGGUUCUUGUGCUUUUGUCGACGCCGUUAAUAUGAUGCAAAAAUCAACUCACACGCUACGAAAUAGUAGCGAAAUAUUCGAGAUUAAUCAAAUUCGGAUCAUAAGUAACAGUGAUGGCACCAUCAGUAUUGAUCGCCCAACCAAAUCGAUUACGAUUCGAAUCAAUCCGCGCAAAGGUGGCAUCGCGGUGACAUCGUUUCAUAUUCAUGCAACAGCUUCAAUGGGAAAGUCUCCACAUCUAUUUCUUCGUCAAGGAGAUCGACGUCUUCACUUUGAUGGCACGGUCUUUUGUGUGCGGAAUGGCGGAUAUUCAGCUGGGUUCGACGAAAGAAACCAAGUCACUAUUUUCAAUAAGAAAGUAACAUUGCCGCAUAUGAAUCUUUGAAUUCAACAUUUUUUUUUCUCUCUCAAUAAAUAUAGU